UGAUGUAUUACUACCAACUUGAGCUGCUAAGCAGUGGAGAUAUCGAACAUGCCAGCUGGCAUGCCUUUCGCCACGCGCUUCAAGGAGGUCAAUUUCGAGAACCUCAUCGCAAAUGCGGCGCAACGAUCCGUUCAAGCAAUCGGGCAACUAGCAACCCUUGCGUCAGAUCAGGCUUGCCUCCCGAGUCAAUAUGAACGCAUGAUUCAAGUGGCGUACCUCUUGCUCGAUGCCAGGCAUAUUCCAUACGGCGAGAAUGCGUCAGUCGAUAAUAUAGAAGCUCCAUGCGCUUCCCUCACUUUUAUCGGUUCUACAUUUUUCAUCUGGAUCUCGGACGAUAAGAUGUCGAGUGGCCUCAUCGCAGACCUACUGAGUCACUGGAGCGACAUUCGCCGCUGGAUCAUAUAUAUUUAUACCUCAUGCAUCCAGGAGGAGUCACUCCCCAUCAACACUCGCCGGGACUGCAAGACCGCCGUUGUGACCUUGUUGGCGUUGACCCGCGAUAGGAUGUUAAGCGGUUGGUCGAGAAAGGUCGUCGCCGAUACCAAGAUAAUGCCCUUGAUAUUUGCCCUUUGGAACCUUGAAACGUCGGAUGCUCGUUUCUCAUCUCACACGGGGCAAUUCAAUGCAUAUCGUGAAUCUGUUGUCCUCAACUCCUGCUUCCUAAUCUCGCACGAGACGAAUACACCGAUCGACUGGGAUCAGGCUUUGCGCCCUUUUGGGGGAGAGCCAAGCCUCGUCUCGAGAACUGCGCUGGCGCAUUUGUCACAAGAAAUGUCACAACGUCACCUGGAUCCAGAGUGUAUAGCAUGGGACGUACAUAUCGUUACAGCACUUUCGUUCCGCGAUGACAUGCGUGAGUCACUGCUAAGCAACGGAGCAAUAAUAACAAUCACGGAGGUUAUCCACCUCAUCGUCGGACGGUCUUUCGAUCCAGCAAACGUCACCUAUGCGGCAAGGUGUAUCUCCAAUGCAUCGCUGUUUCUCCGGAUCCGUAUGCAAGAAAUGGACGGUAUUCCAUGGAUGUCGGAAGCUAUUCGGUCAGGUAUUAUCAAGGGAUUGGUCAGAUCCGAACGGUACAUACCGUUCAUGGACAACGACAAGGCUCGGGAUGCACUUUCCGACAUACUUCACUCCAUCGUCCCCGCGUACACCGUCUAUCGUUCCAUGCUACUGCCCAUAGCAAGAGCAGUGAAUGAAGUGAAGGAUCUUGGAUUAGACAAGAGGCUGGAUAAAAGUGGGAAAUUAUACGCAGGCUGGAAAUGCCUGCUCGAAACGACCGAACGGCGAAGAUUACUCAAGUACGAUGGUCCUGACCAAGUUCACGUACAGACAUGCCAUAACGAUAACUGUCGAAAAACAGUCACGACCGGUAGGCUCAAGCGGUGUGGAGGAUGUCUCCACACGUAUUACUGCAGUAAAUCGUGUCAGCGGUAUGACUGGAGGCGAGGAAAGCACAAGGCAUACUGCACCAGAAUUCAAGAACGUUCUGGUUGGUCUCUCGGAAGAAUGUACGGCAUAUCACAUCGCGACCUCAAAUUCCUUGACUGCGUCAUUGAAGACGAGCUGAAGAAACACAGAGCUCGCAUCGCUAACCAUGGGCUCAAAAUCAACAUCAUAGAAAUAGACCUCACCCAUGGAGAACCAAACAUCACCUUCGACUCCAGAGGUAUCAACCCGAGCCCAUUCAAAGCUCUUAUGACCGACGAACCGUUUAUCUUGGUCCGCGUGUUCAUUCCAGGUGGGAUAUCAAGAAAGGCCGUCUUGCGGGCUAUUCCGCUUUUCCAAGUACUGGGACAUCCCGUGCGACAAUCGCGGGUGUACGCCACUUACGUCUAUACAUGUUGUGGCAGACCGGGACAGGAGGCCAAUAACAGUCCUCUAAGAAGUCUUACAGGAAGUUGACGAGUCGUGGAGUGAAGCAAACGAAUGUGACCACCUAUCGAAAAGUGGUGGUCAUGAAAUGGACUUGGACAAUGUACAAUGUACCAUGUACGCAAUACCUCAGCAUCAGGCCGGGUGGUCACCUAUGUAUAGAAUCAGAUAACAUUUAUUCAUUCACACU